AUGCAACACAUCAAUACUCUUUACACCGAUCAAAAUACGAGAAUUUCCAGUCUAUCAAUGUUCCCUGUAGCUGUGAUCAUCGAGCGUCUCUUUGCCGUCAAAUACAUUGAAGGGUAUGAGCACGAGACACGACGAUGGAUCCCGCUCACAAUAUCGAUUAUCAAAAUGGGCAUCGCCGCUGUUUCAGCGUAUAUGGUUUUGUUGAAUUUCUAUCGUCGAAUUUUUCUCAUUGCCGCUCUCGCAUUGCCGGCUGUAGUGAUUUUCGCCGGGUUCGCUUGUGUGUCAUUAGCUAUCAUGCUGAAAUGGAAUCGACAAAAACUAGAAGAAAUGACGAGUACAAUCCCGCAUCGAAUUCUUUCCGCACACUAUCUCAGUCGACGAUUUCAAUUAUCAGAGAAUAUUCAAGUGCUAUUGCUCUUACGUGGUCUCAUGUUGAUCAGUUUCAUUGGUACGGGUCUAAUUUCGCUGCUCGGUGCGGUGGCUAUUUGUUGCUCAAAUGAGAAUGGAGAUUUAGCGCAAAUUCUCUUCACUCUUUUCAAUAUUUCACCAGUGAUG